AUGAAUCAACAGAAUCCCAAUCUACAAACGCCCAAUGGUCAGCCACCACCUCAACCACAAACUCCACAGCAACAGCAUCAAGCUCAACAGCAACAACAACAACAGCAGCAGCAACAACAACAACAGCCGCUGCAAUUACAACAACAGCAACUGCAGCAGCAAGUCAAUCUAGGCCAUCCCAAUGAUAUCCCCAAUGCCAAUUGGAGAAAUGAAGUGACCAUGCCUGACAGAAGUCGUUUUGUGAGUCAACUAUCGUUAGCUCUUAAACAUUUAUCACCCACCACAUCAGAAACUGAAACAUAUAACGUUGCAAGUAACUUUGAAGCAGGUCUUUAUCAACGAUGUACAAGCAAGAAUCAAUACAUUCUGGCCUACGCUAAGAAGUUUCAGCACAUCAAAGAUCAAAUCAACCAGAGCUCGAAUAUGGGAAACAAUAUGAAUGGUAUGAUGCAACAACAGCAGCAGCCAAUGUCUCCUCUGGUGGGUAAUGUGAGUGGUCAGGUCGCAUCAUCGCCUCAGUUACAACAGCAACAGCAGCAACAGCAACAGGGCCAACGCACUAAUUUCCAAUCACCUUUGAAUUUGAACCAGCAGCAACUGCAACAACAACAACAACAACAACAACAACAACAACAGCAACAAGCAGUGGGUCAAAAUCAAAUGCGUCCUCAGCAAACAAAUUAUCAGCAAGCCAUGCUACAGCAAGGAAGGCCGCCUCAACAAGCCAUUCAGUCUCCCGCGCAACAGCAAGCACAGGCUCAAAUGCUCGCUUACCAACGCUCUGCUGCUGCUGCUGCCAUGGCUGUCUCCAAUGCCCCUCAAGCUAUGCAACAAGUGCAACAGCGACCGCCUCAACAGCAAUCACAACAGCUACAGCAGCCAAACCAAAUACCACUUAAUCUGCUACAAAACAUGAAUGCCUCUAAUGCUGCUCAAGCAGGUCUCAACAUUUCUCCUCAGCAAUUUCAAAUGUAUUUUGCACGUCAAAUGGCCCUUCAACAACAACAGCAACAACAACAACAACAACAGCAGCAGCAACAACAGCAGCAGCAGUCUUCUCCUCACAUUCAAAACCACAUGCUGCUACAACAGCAGCAAUCUCAAUCAUCUCCAAUCCAGCAACAUGGUUUCUUGCCUCAAGGACAACCUGGUGGUGUUGGUAACAAUGGCAUGGGUGGCAUGACGCAGCAACAAUUGAUGAAUAUGGGAAUGAACAAAGCCGCUAUGGGUAACAAUAGUAAUGGUGCCGCUGGUAAUGGGCCUAACGGGCCAAUGAACAAUGGUAAUUUCAGGCCAGGGCAACCUCAGCAGCAAGCACCAUUCGCACAACAAUCUGAUGCUAAUUCUGCUGUUGGAUCUCCAAUGCAACAAAACGCUGUUACUGCAAAUUUUGCUAAUGCCAUGGGGAAUCCCGGUGGUGCGCUAUCUGCUUCAAGCACACCUGUCUCGGUGCCUGCUACAUUGGCGUCUGUUCAGCAGCAACAGCAAUUACAACAGCUACAACAGCAAAAGCUGCAACAGCAGCAGCAGUUUGCUAACAUGAGGCCUCCACCUCAAUCACAACAAACCAGCCAACAAGCACAGCAAAUGGUCAACCAGGAAAUGUUGAUGCAACGCAUGCAACAACAGCAGCAACAACAGGCUCAAGCACAAGCACAACAGAACAUGAGUGGUGGCCCACGACCUCCUCUUCCACCACAACAGACCCCGCAAUUCGUACCACAGCAGCAAGCAGGUAUUCAUGCACAACAGCAAGGCUUGCAAAGACCUAUGAUGGCUCAACAACAGCCACAACAGAUGCAAAUGCAGCCCAAUGGUGUGUUGAAACCACUGACAUUGCAGCAAAGAAACAGUGCUGCUGGCAUUGUCAAACAAAUGGACGAAAGUGUGCGUCAAGGCAGAGUGCGUGGCCCUGUGAUUGAAGAUCUAUCAGAAAGUGACAAGAUGGCUAUCCGCGAUCAAAUCAGCCAGAUGAAGUCCAUGUACGACAAAAUUGAUAAUCUGCUGCCUGUCUUUUUGGCCAUGACAAGCAACGUGGAAGCAACGCGUCGACUGAUACUCAUGAAGUACAUGUUCGAGGACCAACUGGUGGCAUUACCGCAAAACAAGUUUUUCAUCAGUUUGGAGAAUCUGCAUAAAUUACGCGAACAGUUUAGCGGCUACUUUACUUGGGUGCGCAAUGCUGUAGGGCAACAACAACAACAACAACAGCAGCAGCAGCAGCAAAUGAACGCUAUGGCUGGCAAUGGCAAUCCUCAGCAACAACAGCAAAUUGGCCUCGGAUUACUGCCUAUGCACAUGCAACAGCAACAGCAGCAACAAUUGCAACAACAGGCGCAAGGCAUGCAGGGAAGUCCUAUUGUGAAUUACAAUCAAAUGAUGAAUCCACAAGGCAUGCAAUCCGCUUUGAUGCAUCAAGGUGCCAUGAAUCAAGCUCAAUCCAUGAGCCAACAAUCUCAAGCACAGGCUAUUGCCAUGCUUCGUCAACAGCAACAGCAACAGCAGGCUAUCGCUCAGCAACAGGCACAAGCACAUCAAGCCCAACAACAACAACAACAACAACAACAACAACAACAACAACAACAACAACAACAGCACCAGCACCAGCAACAAGCGCCAUCUCAAGACCAAAUCUCGCUAGAUCCCUCUACUACUGCUGCUGCUAAUACAUCCAGUACUGCCGCCGACGCAUCCUCUUCCUCCGCCAUUGUACCGUCUAAUUCAAAUGAAAAUACACCAGUGAUGGCAAAUUCUACUGCAGUAACAACACCUGCUGCGACGCCUACAACACCUUCUAUGGGUAUCAGACGUGGAAGCAUUGAUUUGAAAUUACCUCCUGCAAAGAAACAACGUGGAUCGAGAUCCUCUGCUGCAUCACAAUCACCUACUUUGAGUCGAAAGAAUCAAAAAGCAGCAGAUAAAGAAAAGGCUCAAACUGCUGCUGCUGCUGCUGCCGCCGCCACCGCUGCUACUUCUGCAGCCUCUCAGAGCACACCUGUAUCUGCAACAGCAAACACUGGUAAUAGCACGCCUGCCUCUGCACCUGCUUCAUCGACACUGGCCCAGCAACAACCUCCUCAAUCAGCGCCUGAAGUGACAUCCGUCUCUGCAUCAAACAGCCCUGCCAUCAUGAACAAUACUAAUAUCAAUCUGUCACAUCCCUCCAAUCCUGUUGCUUUCAACAACAACACUAGCAUGGGCCAACAUCCCCAGCAGCAACAGCAGCCCAACAAUGGCAUGGACAUGAGUCCAUUCAAUCCAAACGGUGUGAUGAUGGGCAAUCAUAAUGGAGGUAUUCCAGUGAAGGGAGGCAUGCCGCUCAGUCAACAUCAAGCGCAAUCACAGGCAUUCUACAUGGCGGCUGUGAGUAACGGUAUUCCACCUCAAAUUGUCAAUCUGCUACCACCCAAAGCACUGCAAUUCAACUGGAUUUUGCAACAGGCUGCACAAAACAAGAUGACUUUGAUGCCCAACCAACAGCAGCAGAUCCAGGCACUGUUGAAUGACCAUAUUGAGGCUGCUAAACAGCAACUAAGUCAUCAAUCUUCAGACGCGUCUCCUCAUCAUCACCCACAACAGCAACAGCAGCAAGCUUCAUCCGCUACCAAUACACCUGUUUCCAUGGCACACACACAGUCUCCCCAAGUGAAUAAUGCCUAUAUCAAGCAAGAAGAUUCGCCACAGCAGCAGCAAUUUAAUAUGCAACAACAAAAGCAGCACCAUCAACAGCAGCAACAGCAGCAAUUGCAACAUUUGCAGCAACAACAGCACAUGCAGCAAAUGCGUCAAAUGCAAAUGCAGCAACAACAACAGCAGCAGCUCCAGCUCCAGCAACAGCAACAGCAGCAGCAGCAAGGCAUGUCACAACAAGAUGGCCAGAUACCCAGCACAUCCAGCAGUCAGCAGACCAAUUCCAUGAUAGUGCAACCCUCCAUGACGCUACAUCCUGGGAUGGUUGGAGCCGGCCCCAAUGGCAGUGGUAAUGGAGACGAUCUCAUGUCCUCACUGUACUUCUCCAACAAUGGUAUGAAUGCUAAACCAAGCACCAACCCUGCCGAUAUGUAUGCAUCACCUCAUCAACAACAACAACAACAACAACAACAACAACAACACCACCACCAUCCGUCACAGCAGCAGACACCUCAUCAGCAGCAACAACACACUCCACAACAGCCAUCUUCCUCGCUACCCCCUUCUCAACAACCGUCUCAGCAACAGCACUUUGAUGGCGGUUAUUCCUCUGCACUGAAAGAAGGCUACAAAGACGAGACAUUUGGCACACCUGAUAUGAGCUUAUUGACCAAGCCCACAUCAGUUAUCAAGGAAGAGGAUGCCUUUGUGGAAAGCGGUGAUUUGCAAUCUUCUUGGUACGAUUCCACUACAUCAGGCAUCGAUUUGGGUUUGGAUGGUUUCGAUUGGGAUAACAACGAUUUCGUCAAACUGGAUGAUAACAAUGACACUGCUGUUGCUGCAACGUCCAAUACAGCUGCUGCUUCAGCAUCAUCCACCACAGCGGCAGCUAACUCAUCCACCAACGCGCCGUCAUCUUCGUCAAAUACUAAUAAUACCAACAAUGGUGAUGGCUCUUCACAACAGCAGGGCGAUAAAAAGUUGAUGGAUGACAGUGGGAAGCUUUGUGCUGUUAGUUUAUAG